CUUCAAGUGAAAGCGCGGGAGUCGCUUCGCUCAGUUCUUCUUGCAGAGCGCGGAGCCAGCGUAUGAUGCACUCUCCAACCAAACGCCUCUGUCCCAGCCCAACCAUCUCCUUGGACCGGAGCUUCCGAAAGCGCCUCAAGAAAGUUUCAAUUGAAGGGAAUAUUGCUGCAGGGAAGUCCACAUUUGUACGUAUACUAGAGAAAUACAAUAAUGAAUGGGAAGUAAUUCCUGAACCAAUAGCUAAGUGGUCCAACAUUCAGACAUCCGAGAACGAAUACAAUGAGCUUUCAACAUCACAAAAGAGUGGAGGAAACCUGCUUCAGAUGUUGUACAGUAAGCCUACAAGAUGGGCUUAUACCUUCCAGACACAUGCUUGUUUAAGUAGAAUUAAAGCACAGUUAAAACCCAUCUCUGCCAAACUACAUGAAGCAGAACAUCCUGUGCAGUUUUUUGAGAGAUCAGUCUACAGUGAUAGGUAUGUCUUUGCCUCCAAUUUAUUUGAAUCAGGAGACAUCAAUGAAACAGAGUGGGCUAUUUAUAAGGACUGCCAUGCAUGGCUUCUGAAACAGUUUGAAUCAUCCAUAGAGUUAGAUGGUAUUAUCUACCUCCAGACAACCCCCCAGAAAUGCAUGGAACGGCUGCACUGCAGAGGCAGAGAAGAAGAACAAGGAAUUCAACUGGAAUUUCUGGAGAGUCUUCACUAUAAGCAUGAAACCUGGCUUCAAGAAAGGACAAUCAAGAUGGACUUUGACAAUCUUAGAGACAUACCAAUUCUGGUUUUAGAUGCAAAUGAAGAUUUCAAAAAUGAUGAAAUAAAACAGCAGUAUUUAUUGGAUAAAGUCAAGGCUUUUUUGACUGCUUUGGAACAAAGGCACUUGGAAAACUGCCAUUGUAUAAACUAUCUGAAAUGGGCACACAGUACCUGCACUGGCAAAUAAUCUUAAUGCUGUUUUUCUGCUAUUUGAACAUGAGAAGGCUGCUAUAUAUCUGGAAAUCAAGAAGCUUUAAUGCAACAACAACGAGACACUAGGAUUGCCAGAGGCACUCAUUUUAGGACUGGAA